AUGUUGCAUAAAAAUUCACCUGAACGUCAUGCACAUUCAGAUUCCGAUGAUGAUGAUAAUCAUAUUCAUAUUGAUGUUAAUGAUGCAUUUGAAGUAAUUGAUAUUGAUUCAACAACAGAAAAUAUUGUUGAAAAUCAAUUAGAUGAUCUUGAUUUAGCAGAAAAUAUGGCCGAUGAAGAAGGAGAAGAAGAAGAAGAAAAUGAUGAUGCAUUAUUAAAAAUAUCUCAUCAUAAAAAUGAAAAUUCAAUAUUUACAAUAUCAAUUGAUCCACAACUACAAAAUCGUGUUUGUACAGGUGGUGAAGAUGAUCGUUGUCUUCUUUGGCAUUUAGAUACUGGUGAAUUAAUAUAUGAAUAUCCAUUAUUUGAUGAUAGUGUACAUCAAAUAUGUUGGAGUUUUGAUGGUAAAUAUUUAUGUGCAUGUGAUAUGCGUGGACAAAUACGUUGUUGGACAAAUAAUCAAGAUAAUUUACCAAUAAAUGAAGUUUGGACAUUUCAUACAGGAAAUGAUAUUGAAUUAAUGCGUUUUCAUCCAUCAGCACAUGUUCUAUUUGUUGGAACAAAUGAUUCACAAUUAUGGUUAUUUAAAAUUCCAUCAGGAGAAUAUAAAAUAAUGCAUGGUGGAACUGAUGCUGAAAUAAUAACAUUAGAAAUACUUGCAAAUGGUAAACAAUGUGUAUGUGGUUAUGGUAAUGGUCAAAUUAAAUUAUGGGAUCUUAAACAAUGUUCUAUUAUUUGGCAAUAUGAUAAUAAUGGUGAAGAUAAUAAUACAAUGAAUAUUAAUAAUAAAUGUAUUUCAAUGUGUUUAAAUGAUGAACAAACAUUAGUAGCUUGUGGUUCAGCUGGUGGUAAUUGUCGAGUACUUAAUUUAAAUAAUGGUAAAUUACUUUCAUUAUUUCCUUGUUUUCAAUCAUCAUUAUCAAAUAAACCUUCAACAGAAGAAGAAGAAGAAGAUGAUGAUGAUGAUGAAUCAACAGCAACAACAAUUGAAAGUGUUGCAUUUGGUUCUGGUCAUUUACUUAUUUGUGGUACACUUUCAGGUUAUAUUUAUAUAUGGGAUAUAAAUACAAAACAUUUACGUACAACACUUAAUUUACAAAGUGGUAUUGUUAAAUGUCUUUUGAAUGAUGGUUAUCUAUUAUAUGCUGCAUGUCUUGAUGGUCAUAUUCGUUUAUUAGAUAUACGAAAUGGUGAACCAUUAAAAGAAUGGAAAAGUGGUGGUGGUCAAGGUUGUGAAAUAAUGGAUAUGGUUAUAACAAAAGAUAAACGACAUUUACUUUGUGCUUAUAUACAAGACGAAGAAAAAAAAAAUGAUUUGAAAAUGGAAAAUCAAGAAAAUCUAACAAACAUUCAAACUAAUGAUCAUCAUGAUGAUCUUGUCGAGGAAGUAACAUCAUCAGUGACAAGAGUAAUUGAUGGAGAUACCUAUCCGAUCUCAGAUAAUGAAUCAACAACAGAUUCAGUGUAUAUAAUUGAUACGAAUACAGUCCAAUUACAAAAAAAUGAUGAUGAACAAGGUGAAUUUAAUCGUAAGUAA